AUGGAAGUUGUACUGCGAGGCAAAAAAAAGAGGAGUAAGAAGGAAAAAGAACAGAACAACAAACAAGAAGAACAGAAGGAGGAAGAAGAGGAGAAGCGGGCAGAAGACGAAAUCAUAGAGAAUGUCAAGGAGAUACUACAGAGUCGGAAGACACACAAUGAAGAUAGUCUGAAGCACGUCACCAUCUGGAUUGAGGAGAAGCUAAAUUUGGCGAAGAGGAUUGAGGGGCUUUUUCCCGAAGAGGAAGAGUACGCAGGGCACUUACAUACGGAGGGACGAAAAAAGAGUAUCCUCUACGCCCAGAAGUACAUACACGGGAUAUUGAAGGAGAUACCGCGAGCAGAAGGCGGGACAAAGCCAUCAAACAAAGAGGGUUCGUCUGCGCUCGAGCUUACCUUCGACGGUAACACUGCAUCCCUUUCAUCCCGCGCCCCCCUCCUCCCAAGCGAAGAACAACUAGCUGCGGACCAGGAACAUAAAGAAGCUCAAGCAGUAGACGAAUUGAAGCUCGCUGGCAGGAAAACAAGUAGUUCCACCUCGGAAACCUCCUCCGAGCAGCGCAAAGGUGGAUCACCCGACGAGCAAAGUGUAGCGGUGACCGAGUUUGAGACUCACGGACCAGAAGUCGCCAGCUCAGAACCACAAGUCAUCUCUACGACCGGUGAUGAUCGUGCUGCAGCGGACGAAAGUAGAACCUUGCUAGAAGUAACCACUUCGGCUUCUUCUUCCGCUGUGGCUUCUACCACCAGUCCGGGGGAGGCCGGAGGACAAGGGCAGUACGGCUACGGUUUAGAAGAAUCCUCUGGAAACCACGGGAUGAACAAGGGAAACUCCAGUUCGGAAAGAAGCAGGUCCACCCGCCCCGGGAGCACAAAGUACAGGGAAGAAACUUUCAACGUGCACACUUUCAAUCCAGCCGACAUGCAGGACUUGGCGCGGUUCGUGCAGAAGCAUCCAUGGGCGUUACACUUUGGCAUUUUCGCCGCAGCGCCAGUACUGUAUCGUAAAGAAAAAUUUCCCCCCCUCCCCAUAUCGAAAAGGAAGCCACAGAGAAUUUGCAAUGCUGAUUUGUGGCCACAAAUCGUAUCUGUCUUGCAAGGAGGCAAUUGCACAGCCUGCGCCGCAUUGAGCAGGCGGUUUGUGAUGCUGUUGGGUCUGCAGUGUGGACCUUUGUAAUGCUCGGCGCCUAUGUGGUCAAGACCCUCGCUUCCCAGGGUUGGCAUAUGCCUGCAGUUCUCUACUGCAAGACAAAUCUGAUUUGUGUACGCAUAUCCAGCACCACGAGUGUCCUUUUCGAUAUGGGGAGGGCGGGGGAUUUUUUCUUUUGAUAUCUUGGUGUUCGUCUUCUUUUGCUGGUACCAUGGAAUCUUUCGCUAUGCAGUGCAAGUAUCAGUAUGUCUGGUUUUGGAAAGAUGCGAACUUGUGAUGCGCAUUUCACAUCACACAAAAAUCUGUCAUGCAUGUAAACCAAAAGGUGCAUAUUUCGCGCCACCGAAAAAAGGGCUUUGUCAUGCGGGUUACGCAUUAGGAGACCUUCUCAAAACCUGUAAUGCUAGGGCGUGCAUGGUAGACCUUCUUGGUCAUGCCAAAGCUGCAUCACAAACCUCUGCAUUCUUCCAGACCCAGCCAUAUGUGCAUUUGAUAUUCGCCGGAUCUUCGCGAUCUGCUUUCGGUACUACAAAGGUGAUGGCGGUGGAAACAGAAACUAUAUCCUGAGUAAAAACGUCCCCACACCAGAGUCAAGAUACGGAAUCUGCUAGGCAAAUUAGUCAGCUUUGUUUGUUUCAUUCGCAUGGCAAGUCUGUCCUCGUCGUGUAAUCCUGUCGAGGUAGUUUAGAAGCAUCACAGAAUUAGCAUAUCAGGCUGAUUUUAGCAUCACAAAUUCCAAAUAAACACGACUAGAAAAUGCUUCUUAUGGGGCUCCGCACGAGAAACUUUCUUGGCAUGCAGACUUGCAUGACAGCUCUGGGGUGGGGGCGUUUUUACACAGAAUAAACUACGGAUCGCCGAGGCGGGGUAUGCAUUGCAUAUGUUUGGGUCUGGAAGAGUACAACUUGUCAUGCUAAGUCUGAAUCAUGCAAAGCCCUGUGUUGCAUGAUUACAAAGAUAGCUGUCCACUUUUGAGCAAGCCAAGAGGCAGUUUCUCAUGCGGAAAAGGCAUCGCAAAGAUCUCACAGAAUCUGUGAUGCCAGGGCAUGCAUCACAGACCUCAUGCGUCAUGCAAAACGUGCAUGACAAACGUUGCACUUUUCCAGACCCACACAUAUUUGCAUUUGAUACGGGGAAAGGAGCAGCAAAGUGGUUUUGAAGAGGACAAACUGGCGGGGUCUUACGGAACGAUGGCGGAAUCUGGUUGGGACAAGGAACAGGCGGUAGGAGAAGAGGUAAGAAUAGAAAGUAGACACAUGUCCAGUGCGUUUUUUUGUGUAUACUUGGGUGUUUUGCGUCUACGAGUGUGAUUGUUCGCAGACCAGACAUUACGAACAAUUCCUCUUCGUUAAUAUCAGGCUCCGACGCACUCGCACGACACCCAAGCUGCGCUUGCUUGUUCUGGUUCGCCACCACUCACGGCACUCCAUGGCUGCGGCGAAGGGGAGGGAAAGGUAUAGCGGAGGUUUGUCAUGCGUACUUAAUGGCGUGUGACCACUUUGUGGUCCUUGCGAAGGUGAAAUGAAGCAAGUUAGUAUGCUGACUUUGUCGUGCAGUGUCGCAACAUGCUUACUAACAUACACAGUACAGAGCUUGUCAAAAAUCUUCCAAAUAAAGGUCUUGGCUUCGGAGGGGGUUGGUGCUGUGAUUUCGGGCGAAAAAUGCUUUACGGUCUGGAACGGGGUUGCGGAAAACGUACUUAGGUUUACUUGAUCUGAAAGUUUGAUGUUGUCAUGCACAGUUUCUUUGCAUUGUUUUGCAUCACAAGAUUCUUUUUUUACAGAGUUUUUCAAAAAUCUCCAAAAAGGUCUUGCCUUCGGGGGUCAACGCUGCUGUGAUGUCGGGAGAAAAAUCGUUCACGACCUGGAACGGUGGUCAGGAAGACGUACUUACGUUUACUUGAUCUGAAAGUUUCACUUUGUCAUGCGCAAUUUCUUUGCAUUGUGAACACGUCUGUGCCUAGUGUGCGAACUUGUGCUCGUGCUUGAACAAGAUCAAGAAGGAAAAAACUUCUUAAGUAAACAACAGGUCGUCAACAACGCGACGGUGGAAAACAAAAGCGCCGCGAUGGAUUCCGUACUGGGAAAGGGGAAUCUCACGCCUGAUAACGGCAAAUGCGAUCUAUCGGACGGAAAAAGUCGUCAGUACAUGCCUGUGGGUCGUUUUUGUGUCGUUCACAUUGUUCUUUCAGAGUUUCAACGCAUGAGUUGUAUGUUACAAAAGCAGUUGCGUCUCACUCGAGGAACGCCUUCUUCAUAAAUUUUGACGCCGAUUAUGAUGCGGCACAACUACGUUUUUAGCAUGGAAAUCGAUGCACAAAAGCUAUUUCACAGGCCCUUUUUUUCUGGCUGAUAUCAACACGAGGCGGAGAGCGGGCUCCCGCAAGUCUAGAGGAGCUUUGGGUUUGGAACGGGGAUGUUGUGCUUGUUGUGCACCAUCUGUGCUAGUAGGGCAUCCUCGGUAGUCUAGGUGAAAAGCAAAUUUCUACAUCUUUGCUGGCGCAAUAUCAGUAUGUAGAAAAAGUGAAGAAAAAUUCAUGCUUUCGUGGAGCAGUUUGUUUCGAGGAAUCCACCGAACUCGCACGCAGGAUGGGACGUUGGCCUUCCUGCUGCAUGAUCUGGCGUUGUUUCCUCCUUCGAUUAAUAAAUUAUCAGUGAUCUUCUUCACGCGACACUUUAUUGGCACUGCUUACAACUUUUGACUAUUUUAUAAUACUUUUAGCAGAAAUUUCAUCUUUACCCCUCAGCAGAGAGAUGUCUUCACACUGUACACAACCAUUUUUUUAGUAAAGAGUCUGUCUUGCUUUCAAGAAGAACUUCGCAAACCACUGGUCCUAUGUAAAAAUGCAACUGAACAUAUGAUAAUGUUGAAUCACCGUCCCACAGUACUUCUAUCCUGUUGCGCAAUGAAAUUUGUAUGUGAUGAAGCAAGUCCACAGAUGAAACCAAUGGAGUUUCUACUUCUACCCAUGUACUACGUCGUAAUGGACAGACUGCAGCUCAGGUCCGGUUCGGGAAGAAGUAUUAGGGAAUCAAUAAAGUUAGGAAAAGACUUCAGCCUGUCGCAGACAAAACGCGCCAGUUGAUUCCACUUCAUAGAGAAGAGGACUUCUGUUUGAACUACAAAUGGAAUGCUGGAAUUUUAACCACCCGAGCAUGGAAGGAAAUGCAACAAAAGGGAUAAUAUUUCCGGAAUAAAAUACUUCGGGAUAAAAGAACCACGUUUCGAUUGAUAAUCUCACUCGCACUAGACGAACCCUGUAUCAUUUCUACUUGUAUCUCAACUUGUAUCUGUUUCGCAGCCCCCGGCGGAGGUUCUGCGCUCCCAAAACUGGGUUGG